CUCUCCUCCUCACCUCCUGAGGAGGUCCGGUAUGAGUCCACAGCUUCAGGCUGACUCCUCCUCUCCUCCUCUCCUCCUCACCUCCUGAGGAGGUCCGGUAUGAGUCCACAGCUUCAGCCUGCCAGGAGGCUCUGGUACUAGAAGAUUCCCAUCGCGGCUCCAGGCUGAGGAGCAGGAGGAGAAAACAUCUGAUGCUUUGAGUUAGGAACGUGUGACUGAGGAACGUCUUGAAGAAGCUGCACAGAUCCUGAUGUUUCUCUGUCGCUCCCUCAGGAGUGAACAUGAGGACGGGAGGAGGAGCACACUGAGAAUCUGAAAGACGUUCUUGUGAAUCCAUUUCCAAGUUAAACAUACAUGUCCAAACUUGCAGUGACUCAUCAUUAGCCCAGAGUCGAGUUCUUAGGAAGGGGAGUGUUGUUAGAGGAAGUAACGUGACUUCUUGUUUCUGUGUGAGAUCCACAGCAGCAGAUUCCCUGUGACUGGCUUUUCUCUAUCUCUCAGGAAGUGGACUUUCACGAAGACACAGCUGGAUGAGCAGAUGUUUUCUGUUCUGUUUGAAAUCUGAGUCUGUGUCCAGGAAUAUCAUGAUCCCAUUCAUCCUGCUCUCCUUGUUCUGCCACAGCUCACAGGAUGGAAACACAGGAGAACACGUUGUUCUGCAUUGUGGACCGAAGAAUCUGACGCUGAAGUGGCUGAAGUCCCGGGACCAGACGGUCCAGGCGACGUGGGAAGACGACCCAUCAUGCUCUGCUGUGGAGGAGGAGCUCGUCUAUGAGCUGCUGGUUCUGGUCCGAGACCAGCAAGUUCAUCACGCUCUCGUGACCGUGACGCCCGACCAGAUCGGAUCCUCUCACCUCUGGACGUGGACGUCCCACUUGGCCUCAGAGUGCGAUUCCCUCUCGGUCCGACUCGGUGUCCGAUACAGAAACUACACCAGCCCCAGGAGACAAGAAGGAACCCUCCCAGGAAUAACAAACUCCACAGAUCCAGGGGUUUAUCCACAAGACCAAGUGUUCGAGGUCGGCAGCAGAGCCACAUUCUGCUGUGUUCUGCCAGCAGGAGGAACCUUCUCCCACAUGUACCUGGUGGGUUCUAACCAAUCUGAUGGGAUCAUCACAAAGAUCAACAACCAGACCUAUUCACUGACCCUCGUCCUGAACCAGCCCUCGACCCACAGCGGCACUGACGUCAAAUGUACAAUCCAAGAAUCAGACGAUGGAGCUGUUGCUUGGAUCGGCUACCCUCCUGAUGAUAAAGAGCUUCAGUGUGAAACCACAGAUCUGGAAUCAGUGGACUGUCACUGGACGGUGGGACGGGACACUCACCUACAACCAACAGAAUACCAGCUUGUUGGAAGUGCGUAUACAUGUCACCAGGGGAACUGCAGUGGUGAAGAGGACGUGUCCACUGGGGAGAGGAGCUGGACGCUCAGAGCUCACAACAAGCUGGGGACGGUGGAACUGACGGACACAGCAGACCUGAUGACAAGAGUUCACAUGUUUCCUCCAGAGUCAGUGACAGCUUCCACUGUGAAUCCCAGAGACGCCCGUCUGAAGUGGAGCUGGAAGGUUCAAGCCUACAAAGAUCUGAACGUCACGUGUGAGGUGAACCUCGGUCCUGCUGGAGCUCAGAAAACAAACUCUGGAGUCGGACUUGAUUCGGCAGUUUUGAUGAACCUGAUUCCAAACUGGUCGUACCACGUGACAGUUCGAUGUCGCACAGCUCAACAUUCUUGGAAAUGGAGCAACUGGAGCUCGACAUUCAACUUCCACACUAAGGGAGAUGUUCCAGACGCUCUGGACGUGUGGAUGAAGAUGAAGGACAAUGAGAUUUUAAUUAUGUGGAAAAUUCUGCUGGAGAAGCAGAGUCAUGGACACGUGUUGGACUACACAGUGACCUGGUCAAACAUCAGAGGGACAGAACAACACAACACAACCACAGUGACUCACAACAACUUCACACUCAGGCUGGACACAACCCAACAGUACGUUGUGAACGUUACAGCUCGGAAUGUAAACGGCAGCUCGUCCCCGUCGACCAUCAUCACCCCAUCAUCAUCAUCCUCUGCUGGACUGGACUCGACCAGAGUGAAAGCGUCUCGGAUGGCGGGCGGCGGCGGCGGCUUCAAUCUGUCCUGGUCCUCCAGUCCGGCAGCGAGCUGCGGCUACAUCGUGGACUGGUGUCCGUCCUCGGGUCCCUCGACGGUGACGUGGAUCAAAGUGUCUCAGACCAACGUCUUUUUGAAAAACUUGAGAGAAGGACAGAGAUACUCGAUGUCCAUAUCUGCCUGCACCCGAGGAGCUGCGCUGCUGCUGGAGACCAGAGAGGGCUACGUCCAGGAGCAGCGGAUCCAAGGCGACCUGUUUAAAGCUUUGAAAUCGAACCAGAAGGGUUCCGAUGUUGAGCUGUCCUGGGAUCAGAUACCUCUAAAAGAGCAGACAGCUUUCAUCCAAGGCUACGUCCUGGAGUGGUCUGACAGGGACGAGCAGGACAACAACACAGCAGUCCACAGUGUGAGCACAGACGAGCCGACGUCCACCAGCCUCACGGCCUCGGACCUGAAGACCAGCUCCUACACGUUCACAGUGAAGGCUCGCACUGCGCUCGGAGAAUGUUGCUCCAAACAGUUAAUUGUCCACGUCAAUUCACGGACUGAUAACCUGAUCAGGACCGUGGUCAUUUCCCUGGUGGCAGUUUUCAGUCUCCUCACGCUCGUCAGUGUCGCCUGCUGCAGACAAUGGGCCUGCAUCAAACAGAAGGUGUACCCCCCCAUCCCGAGGCCCCUGCUGACGGACACGUGGCUCAGAUCAACAGGUGAACACAGUCUUCACGUGGAUCAGGGUCCCAGUGAGGUGGACAUCAUGGACCCCCCCCAGCUGCUGCGUAAACCAGGAGCGCAGUUCAACCAGCCUCCACCGAGCCUCAUCUCCCCCCCGAGGUCCCUCCCGUCUCCGUCAGGUUUACCCUCCUCGCCGUUCAGAGGCGCUUUUCAGAACCUGUCCUACGACCUGAUGAUGCAGACUGAGGACCAGCAGCCUCCGGAGGGGCACACCGGAGAAAACCGAGCUCCGACCCCCCCCCUCGACCCGGCUCAAGAGGAACCAGGGAGUCACAUGACAUGUGACUUGACUUACAUUUUAGUGCCACAGCCAGUGUUGUGCAAUUCACACCUCUCAUGAACUAGUUCAAAGUUCAGUUCAUACAAGUAAACAUGAAUAGUUCACGUUCAUACUUCAACAUUUAAAUUCUGAACGAGUUCAUAGUUCAGUUCAUUUCAUAGUUUUAAGGUGGAAAGUGAGAAUGAAAGACUUAACUUGUUAAAGAAAACCGUAUCCAUCACUUUGUCUUUACUGUCGGAAUGUUUAUCAGACAGUUUGUAAAAAUCCCUCAGAUAAUAAUAAGCUGCAUCGGAAGUAGUCUCUGCUUUCUCUUGCCAUCUGUCCCUGACGUACAGGCUGCGGUGAUAGACUGAGGUUAGAGUCAAAGAGUAUUCAAAAAAAUAUUAAAUUAUCAGGUGCACAAUUCAGAAAGCACCGCAAAGUAGAGGAGGAGAAGAAAGAACAAUAUAGAGGUAAGAAUCAUUCAUGUGUCGACAUGACAUGUUAUGCUAUCAGUACAGGACUCUUUUGAUAUUUUUUAUUAUAUACUUUUAAUGUUUUUUAUAGCUUACAAAUUUGUCUGCCUGUGUGUGCAUCUGUUUACAGUCCAAAGGUUAUUGGGUAGGAGUGUCGGAGUUACGAACAAGAAGUGUGUCGUGUUCGCUGGACUUUAAUAAAGUUACACAUAAAGACGCUGAAACAUGAA